AUGGACAUAUGUGAGGAAUUGGCUUUGGGAGCUGAAAAGCCAGUUGUGAUCUUCAGCAAAAGCGGUUGCUGCUUUUGCCACACCAUCAAAAUACUGAUACACGGUUUUGGGGCCAGUCUUGCUGUUUAUGAGCUUGAUGAACUUCCUAAUGGAGGACAACUGGAAAGAGAGUUGUUGUCAUUAGGAUGUCGACCUAGCGUACCCGCUGUGUUCAUAGGGGGGGAGUUGGUUGGUGGUUCUAAUGAGGUCAUGAGCCUCCAUAUCCGGGGCAAGCUAGUCCAAUUGCUCAAAAAAGCUAAAGCUAUAUUUAUAUAGGAUGCCAAACUAGUAGCUAUUUUUGCUUUUGUAGCGAAUGAGAAUACACCUACUUAACCAUGAG